AUGGGCCUUCCCCUGGGUGACAGUGAAGAGGACAGUAUGAAACGGUUCCAGCACAUCACCGAGAUCACCAUCUUGACCGUCCAGCUCAUCGUAGAGUUCUCCAAGAGGGUGCCCGGAUUCGACACCCUGUCCAGGGAAGACCAGAUCACGCUGCUCAAGGCGUGUUCAAGCGAGGUGAUGAUGCUUCGGACGGCCCGCAAGUAUGACAUGAACACGGACUCAAUUGUGUUCGCCAACAACCAGCCCUACACGCGGGAGAACUACCGCAGCGCCUGCAUGGGUGACUCUGCCGACUCCAUCUUCCACUUCUGUCGCAACAUGUGCGUCCUCAAAGUUGACAACGCAGAGUACGCACUCCUCACGGCCAUCGUCAUCUUCUCCGAGAGGCCGUGCCUUCUGGAGCCAAAGAAAGUGGAGAAGAUCCAGGAGUUCUACAUCGAGACUCUGCGGGCGUACAUCGUUACCAAUAGGCCGCCAGGAAAGAACUAUUUUGCUCGUCUGCUUUCUACGCUGGUCGAGCUUCGUACGCUGGGCAACAUGAACUCCGAACUGUGCUUCAGCCUCAAGGUCCAGAACAAGAAGCUCCCAGCUUUCCUCGAAGAGAUCUGGGAUAUCCAGCAGUAGCCAGCCAUUCCACAGGUUGUGAUCGUCAGCUCCCAGUGGCUCUCAGCGCACAAAUUCGGCCACGGACUCUUCUCUUGGGAGCUGUCUUCUAUAUUUUUGUAAAAAACAAACUUUACGGAGCACGUGCAGUAAACGGAUUCUUCGCCAGAAUCGAAGAGGAGCCUCUAUGUACCUGUUCAGUGACUCGUUUUCUUCAUCCCUCCUUGUAUUAUAUCAUUUGUGUUUCUGGAAAACAUGAAUUCCCCCUUCCCCCACGGUUGUAACUAGUUUCACAUGACGACAAUGAGAGCCUGCCCCCCCCCCCCCUUUAUGGUCAGUACUGCUCAAAACAAAUUUUGCAUCAAUCUCUUGCCGGUCAGCCAUCUCCGAUUUGGUUUUCUAAAUUUGUUCAUGAACGCAAUAUCUUUAUGAACACUUAUUACGAUUUAAUUGAUGCAGCUGAUAUUUCCUUAAUAGAAAGAGAACUAUGGAGCCAAGAUGAUCGAUCACAAGCAAAUACCUAAUACAAGAGUUGGCCUACGUUGACUAGAUCAUCUUGUCGAUGGCUCGACUGUGCAACUUGGAUACUCGGGGUUGAAUCAAAAUUUGUUUUGAGCCGCUACAUUCUUGUUACGCGAAAUGCUGUUAUCGGUGUCAAUGUUUAUUUAAUAAUAGAUUUUAAAAUGUGUUUAAAAGGUGCCACAUUUUAUCACGAAAAGAAUUAUUCUGGGACCAGAGAAAAAAGAUUGUUGAAAUAUUUGCUCGAAUGUAUCCUAUCGGGAUGAAAUAUAAAUUUUAUCGCUAGAUUUUCCUAAUUGUACAAAAAGAAACCCUAAAGAACAUUUAAUACUAAAAAUGUAUUUAACUAUUUGUAAUUAUGUGUUGUUGGUUAAUGGAAUAGUUACUUGUAAAUAUGCCACACAUCUCACGAAAUUCACGUUCACAUGUGUACAAAUGUAUUCCUUUCAUGAACUAAUUACGGUACAAACGCGUCUGAAUAUGAAUUCAUGUUUUUUUUUGCAUAAAAUGUUUUAUUUUUUCAUCAUCUUUUGUUAUUGGAAAUGAAUAUCAUUAAGGGCCGUGUUCAGUUUUUUAAAAUUGAAUAAUUAUAAUCGAACAUAGCUUAGCAUUAUUUGACUUCAGUGGAGUGAAAUCUAGAUAGCGGCUGUUGUGAUGGAACGAAAUCGUAAUAAGGGGGGAGCGGGUGCUAUUCUUAUUUUCUGGCGUUUGUAUUUGUAAAACAAGUAAAUUCCUAAUCUUUAAAUGAAAGUAGAUUUUUGCAGACGGAAUGCAAGAUGCAAAAUGAAACGUUUGCUUCCAUUUCUUUCAGUCGCUAACGUCCGAUUUCCUCUAUUCGGUGAAAAUCAGUAUCCCUAAAGCAGCUGAAAUUUAAGUCAAACUAUUUCUAUUCCGUCAAGUUUCACUUCUGCCUGCUUAUUCUGAAAUCUCAUCAUCCAGGAAAAUUAUUUCUCACAUGUUAAUAGUCCCAUUUUUUCUAUGAAUUUCGACAAGUCCACCCUUUUUAAGGUUGUGAGACUUAUACUUCCUACCUAAUUAAUCAACUUUUAAAUGUCCAUAGUAGUCAGCUGUUUUACUGCAUCUGAUGAUGUAGUAUAUUAGUGAGACUGGGAAGUAAAUUUACCACUAAAUACAAAUAACGCGGAAAGCGUGCCUCCCUCGCCCUGUCCCCAUAUAAAAAAAAAAGUUGAUAAAAAUCAAAUUUUUCCUUAAUGACUGAAAUCAAUUUGUUUUCAGAAGUAAUAUGAAUUUUUAAAACAAUACUAACCUAACCUCAAAUAGAAAAAAAUUGUCAUUUUAAAAGUUAAAAUACUUAUGAAUCCCAGGAAAACAAGUGAAAUAAUCUUCAACUGGUCGUAGAAUUAAAUGUAUUGCAGUUAUUACGAACCGAGAGCAAUCUCGUGUACAUAUUAUGUGUAUAUACUGCUGACACUAUAGCGGAUCACUUAGGCCAAUUUUACAAAAAAGAAAGAAAAGGGGAGUUGGUAUUUAUCAAAAGGACAGCAGUAAGAUUCCUGGUGCAAGUCCUCCAGUCCCUGGCAAAUAAAAUCCAAAUGAAAUAGUUCAGAAUAAAAUGGCGUCUUGCUCAAAGCUUAGCCGCUUUUCAUUCGAAGGGAGUGGGAAAAAAAGCACUCACUGCCACAAAAUAUGUUGAUGCAGUUUGGUCCAUCUGUUUCGAAUCUCAUACGGAUUCCACACCCCAAGCAAAAGGUGCUAAACUCUUCUGGCUGAAAUUUUGGUGCUUUCUGGAAACCCAUUCUCAAACGGGGGUUGAAGUUAUGCAGCAUUCUAUCAUAUUCCCUAAACUUUUUUACUCCAAAAGAGUGCAGCAUUUCCACACUUACCAUCCUCUUCCUAGAUUUCCAAUUUUAACUUAUAAUUUGCGUUGCCAAAAAUUGACUUAUAAAUGCAACAUAUUCGCGUAGAAAUUGCAUCAAGUUCAAGUAAUUUAUUUGUUUUUUCCCCCGCUAUAAUUAGUUUAAAGAGACCUUUUCUGUAACAUUAAAAUUUGAUAAUAAUAAAACAUACCAGCUGUGAUUUCCGCAUUGACUGGAAAACUCAUAAACAAGCUUGUAACUGAAAAUUCAUUCUUUUUCUCGUCAAAAUAUGUUUAAAUAAAAAUUGUUCGGUAUUUAUUUGAAACAAAUUUACUAAAGCUAUAUUAGCUGUGGCAUUGGCCUCCACAGUAUAGCAGCUCGUGCUUGGUUCCUCAAUUUUGAUCAUGCUCUGAAAUCAGUAAGAGAUCAUAUAUGUUUGUCAUUAAACAAGUAAUAUUUGAUCCAUUCUCAAUUAUAACAUCAAGGGCAAAAAAAAAUUGUUUUACUCAGUAAAAAAAUCGUGUGGAUACAUAUUUCUCUGAAAACCAAAUUGCUGGUAACUUCAAACCCUACUCAUAGAAUGAAUGCGUUAAGGGGCCUUAUCAUUUACGGCACAUAAGGAUUUCUUAACCUUUAGUGUGUGGUGUCAGGGU